AUGCGGCUCAUCAACACUCACACCCUCGCCAUCGACACCUUCGGCCCCGAGAAAGCACCGCCGUACGCGAUCCUCUCUCACACGUGGGACGGCGACAAUGAGGUCAGCUUCCAGGAGUGGACGGCCCGCGACGCCCGCGGCGACGUGCGCGAGAAGCCGGGCUACCUGAAGAUCGUCCACGCCUGCGGCAAGGCGCGCGACGACGGGCUGGGCCACCUCUGGGUCGACACCAACUGCAUCGACAAGACGAGCAGCGCCGAGCUCUCCGAGGCCAUCAACUCCAUGUUCGCCUGGUACGAGCACGCCGCCGUCUGCAUCGUCCACCUCGCCGACGUCGCCUGGGAGGAAGGGCUCCCCGCCAGGAUCCACGCCCACGAGAGCCCCGAGUUCCGGUCCAGCCGCUGGUUCACCCGCGGCUGGACCCUCCAGGAGCUCCUCGCGCCCCGCAAGGCCUUCUUCUACACCGCGGACUGGGUCGAGAUCGGCACCAAGGCCGAGCUGCGGUUCCCCAUCGCCCGCGCCACCGGCAUCGACCCGACCUACCUGGCCGGGAACCGCGCCGUCUGGUCCGCGAGCGUCGCCGCCCGCAUGAGCUGGGCCUCGCGCCGCCGCACCACGCGGCCCGAGGACAUGGCCUACUGCCUGCUGGGCCUCUUCGACAUCAACAUGCCGCUGAUCUACGGCGAGGGGCCCAAGGCCUUCCUGCGCCUGCAGGAGGAGAUUGUCCGGUCGUCCGACGACCAGACCGUCUUCUGCUGGGCCUGGGACCCGGACGAGGUCCCCGACCGGUGGCAGAGCGUCCUGGCGCCGUCGCCGUCCGUCUUCCGCCGCUCGGCCGCCUUCGUGGCCACGCACAGGAACGCCGAGAGCACCCCGUACGAGGUGACCAACGUCGGCCUGUGUAUCCGGCUUCCCGUCGUCGCAGCCGUCAACUGCCUCUGCGCCAUGCUCUCCGUCAUCAGCACCGAGGACCCGGACCCGGACCCGGACCAGAAGCGGCGGAUCUGUCUGCCGCUGAUGGAGGAGGACAACAUCCACCGGCGGUGCCCCUUCCCCGGCCGCCCCUUUCCCGUCCACCGGCUCAUGGUCUGCGGCGUCAGGGAGAUCUAUCUCCUCUCCAGGGUGCCCCGGCACGCGGAAGGCCUCAUGCCGUGGCCCUAUCGCCACCGGUUCGAGUACGGGUUCUACAUCGGCAUGAUGGACGAGUCGCUCUCGACCAACAUCGACCACCAGCUCGUCACGUCGGUGGACUGUCUAGUGCCGCAGUACAUGCAGACGCCCUCCUCAAACAUCUCACGCCCCGUCUACAGUGCCGUCGGCUUCCGAUCUGCGCUGACAACACACUGCUUCGGGGGACUCGUAUUGCGGGUCAACCAUCGGGUCAAUGGCCUGGAUGAGAAGUUCUUGGUCCUGCUCUCCGUCAGCAAGCGCAGCGGCGUGCCCAAGUGGAAUUGCGAAGUGCUGGAUCGCAAGUACGAGAAGCACGACGUCGAGGCCUGGCUCCGAGAGUUCAGACGCCCGAUGGAGGGCCAAGGGGUGGAGCCGGACUGCACUUUUCACACGGCCGUGGGCUCCAGCGGCAACUCCAAGAUUCUUGUGGCCCUGGACCGGGAGAUUCGGGACGAGGGAGACCGGGCCAUCAAAGUGGUGUAUCUUGCGAUAUCGAAGAUUGGUGCAGACUCCCGCAUGGGGGAGACCUGGGAGCAGUUUCGCAGCAGUUUCGGUAGUAGUCAAGGAAAUAGACUGUUCCAAUGA